CAUGAUCAUAUUUGCAGUUUUCGUCUAAAUUCAUUAUAACCAAGGUCUCCAAGAACGAUUAUCUCCAAGUCCUGGCAGAAGUAUUUCGUUUCCAUGUCUGUUGAGAUCAAACUCUCUCGAUCGAAUCGAACCUACCGUCCCCAUGAACCGCUUCAGGGAAAAAUCAUCACCAAAUUUCCCUCAUCAGUCUCUCACCGUGGAAUCCACUUAACCGUCAAUGGUUCUGUCAAUUUGCAGGUUCGUGGUGGUUCUGCUGGACUCAUUGAAUCACUUUACGGUGUUCUGAAGCCUAUUCGAAUACUGAAGAAGAGCAUUGAGGUUGAACCAUGUGGGAAGAUUAGUGCAGGCACAACACAGAUACCAUUUUCUAUUAUUCUCAAACAUAAAGAAGAGGAUACCAAAUUCUAUGAAACUUUUCAUGGAGCAAACAUUAACAUCCAGUAUCUGCUAACUGUAGAUGUUGUGAGAGGAUACCUACAUAAAUCAUUGUCUGCUACAGUGGAGUUCAUAAUCGAAAGUGAAUUAGGCGGUCUCUCAGAGAAACCAGUCUCUCCUGAAAUGGUCUUCUUUUAUAUCACUCAAGACACACAACGGCACUCUUUGCUUCAUGAACUGAAAUCAGGUGGUUUCAAGGUAUCUGGUAGAAUUUGCACUCAGUGCCUUGUAGGUGAUCCUUUAGUGGGAGAGGUAACAGUUGAAGCAUCUGCAGUCCCUAUCUACUCCAUUGACAUCCACUUGCUUCGUGUCGAGUCGAUUAUGGUGGGGGAAAAGAUAGCCACAGAAACAUCUGUACUUCAGACUACUCAGAUAGCAGAUGGAGAUGUUUGCCCAAGUAUCUGUCUGCCUAUUUAUGUCAUACUUCCCCGGCUUUUGACAUGUCCAACCGUGUUUGCUGGACCCUUUUCAGUGGAGUUUAAAGUUACCAUCGUUGUUACAUUUCAGACAGAAUUGUACAAUGUGCAGCCAAAAUCUGAUCCCCGAGCUUUUAGAAAAUGGGUUGCAAUGGAAAGUCUUCCUCUGGAGUUGGUUCAAUCUCAGUGAUCUUUUGUGUUUGAAUGUGUGUCUGAAUUGUC